AUGUCAGAUUCUGGGAAGUUUAACGUGCAGAGUUAUACCUUAGUGAAGCUUUUGAAGAGGUUAGAAGCUGCUACCACUAGGCUAGAAGAUGUUACCAUCUACCAAGAAGGUUACAUCGAAUCAAGAAUUGCUGAAAAUGCUGCAGCUGGUGGAAUUUCCUCGAAUGAAAUGAGUGCUAUGUCUUCAGCAGGACCAUCUGCUGCUAUUCCAGCUAAUCAGGCUAAUAAGAGUCCCGAAGCUAUCGAAUCUGAACCGGUUCCUGCUGGUGCUGCUGGUGUUGAACAACCUUCUGAGGCCAUUACUCAAUUCGACCAAGUGAUUCAAGGAAAAGUUGUGCCAUUAGUGCAGCUAUCUACUAAGAUUGAUCCUACUGUCGCUGCUGUCGUGCAGGUGUUCAAGGAAACGUUUGAUCGUCAAUUAGAUUUUUUGGAGAUUGCGCUUAAAUCUAAGAAACCAGAUUACUCUUCCAAAGAGUUCGCUGAAUCUUUGCUACCCAUUAACCAGGCAAUCUUGAAGAUUGGAGAUCUCAAGGAUCAAAAUCGUCAAAGUAAAUUUUUCCCUUACUUGAAUUCGGUUGCUGAAGGUGCGGCGUUGUUUUCAUGGGUUGCGGUGGAGACACCUGUGUCAUUGGUUGCCGACUUUAAGGAUGCAUCUCAAUUCUGGACUAAUAGGGUUUUGAAAGAAUUUAAAGAAUCAGAUCCCAAUGCUGCUAGUUGGGUCAGCUUAUUUUUGAGCAUCUUCGAUCAAUUGAAGUCCUACGUGAAGGAAUUUCAUCCAACUGGCGUUACCUGGAGCAAAGACGGUGAAGAUUUCGGAACUGCUUUGGCACAAUUUAAAGGCGGCUCAGCCAACACAGCACCUCCUACCCCUGCUCCUGUUGCUGCUGGUGGGGCUCCUCCCCCUCCUCCUCCUCCAGCACCACCAGCAUCUGUGUUUGAAUCUAAACCAGAUGAAAAACCUGCCGGUGGUUCUGGUGGUAUUGAUGCCGUGUUUGCAGAACUAAACCAAGGUGAAGAUAUCACAAGGAGUCUGAAAAAAGUGGAUAAAUCACAACAGACACACAAAAAUCCUGAAUUGCGUGGUUCUUCUGCUGUUCCUGCAGAACAGGCUGGUGGUAAGACCCCACCCCCAGUAAAACCAAAGAAACCUAACAUGUUCAAAACUAAGAAGCCACCUAGAAAGGAAUUGGUCGGUAACAAAUGGUUUGUGGAAAAUUAUGAAAACCAUGCCGAACCAAUCGUCAUUGAAGGUAAACAUGAUGAAGCUAUAUUUAUCGGUAACUGUAGCAGCGUUUUGAUUCAAGUUAAAGGUAAAGUUAACGCUAUUACUGUCAACCAAUCUGAUUCCACCAACGUGGUCUUGGAUUCUUGUAUUUCCGGAUUGGAAUUGAUCAAAUGUAACAAAUUUGGUGCCCAGGUGGAACAAUCUCUACCUCAAAUCACCUUAGACAAAUGUGAUGGUGGUAAUAUCUUUUUGUCUGCUGAAUCCAUGAACGCUUCCUUGUACACUUCUUGUACCACAGCUAUUAAUGUUAAUUUACCGGUUGGUGAGGAUGGUGACUUUGUGGAAUUCCCAGUCCCAGAACAAAUGGUGCACACUUUUGGUAAUGGUAAGAUCAACACUACGAUUUAUGAACAUGCAGGUUGA